AUGUCGAUCUUGGCGGAGUUUGGCUUCGGCGGUUUCCACGACUGCGAGCGGAGUACGAACUUGCUCGCGAAUUUGUACACCCAGCUGCUGUGCGAGAUGAAACAGAAGAAGUGGAACGGGCGGCGCAUGGUCGAGCAGGUCCCGGAGGUGCAAAACUGCAACACGACAGACUGGAUCUUUGAGAAGUCCACGCGUAACUGGAUGAAGUGCUGUUCCCAGAAGCUGGGAAUGAUGACGCAGGGGGAUUACCUGUGCCAGCACGUGGAGCCUUUGUACCAGCUGCCGCCGAUGAUGAAGACGAAGGACAGUCUGAUGACGAAGGUGAUGAAAGGGAUGCUGCUCAUGCUGAACGGUGUGCUAAAAACGAAGGGCGAGGGUGUGCGCGGGCCCGAUCGCCCACCAAGGGAGGAGGACUCGCAGUCGGACGAGGGUGCGCAGCUCUGUUUCCAAACCGCGCGACCCGGGCGCUACCUGCAAGAAGGCUGCUACUGCCACCGAGGGAUGGAAGAGUGCAUCGACACUAGCGAACAAGGAAUGUUCUUCUUCUGAAGCUGCUCCUUAGUACCGCAAGCAGCACAGAACUGGCCUCGGCAACACAGCAAGUUUCAUGUCCGGAGGUCGAUCAACUACGAGCAGGCGACUCAUCAAAUGAAAAUCGAAAUAAAGAUCAAAAUUAUCGGAGUAGAUGUUUGUCGACCCGCAGGCUUAUUAUACCGUCAUUUCAUCGCCCGCGGCGUUUUGUGAGUACUUGGACUACAGAUUUGUUUCUUCGAAGUGAGUAGAAAAGUAGAGAAAUAAAAACAGAAAGGAAUGCAGAUAUUAUAGCAGAGCUUUGAAUUUUGCCGAGGACAAAUACAAGUACCCAAUUUUUGGUUACUGAGCAGCACCACUUGGCUCAGUGCCUCCAGCCGUCGAUAAAGGGCGUCACUGAAAGAACUGAAGCAUGAGCCUCGAGGUCGCACCGGGUCGAAGAUGUUGC